AUGAAGUCCACCAUCGUCCUUCUCGGCCUUUCCGUGGCCUCGGUGGUCGCACAUCCCUCGAACGACCAGCAGCCACUCUCGCGGCCGGGCGACAAGUUCGAUUUGAUCUCCCAGUAUGCCUCUUCCUUAAGCUGAUGAAAUGGUACACUUAUACCCCUUCCAGGCUCAAGCAAGCGGAGAUCAUACCGACCGUUCUCGACCAGUUCCAGCCUUUCCUAACAGUCUCGGUUUCCUGGAAGAAAGCCAAAGCGAGCAUCGGCAACACCAUCAAGCCAAAGCGCGUUCAGAAGACUCCCCACGUUUCCCUCGUAGACGAAUUGCCAGAUCUGUCAUUUGCAGAAGCAUUUCGGGGGCUCCCACAGCUCACCCUGGCUCUCACGGACCCAGAUGCCCGGAGCCGUGACAAUCCUGACUGGAGCGAGAUGUGCCAUUGGAUCGCAACGGAUAUUCCUCUCACUUCUGCCGACCAAGGGCUCGUCGCUUCGAGACCUCUAAAGGAGAUUAUGCCCUACAAGCCUCCCGGUCCUCCAUCCAAGACGGGAAAGCAUCGAUACGUCUUCGCUGCAUUGUCGCCUAGAAAUGGCACUCACGAGCCACUUAAUCUCACCACGCCAGCAGACCGACAACACUGGGGCUUUGGCCAGCCAAGAAAGGGACUCAGAGAGUGGGCCGAAGGAAACGGCUUGGUUGUAGUGGGUAGGUACUCUACCAAACGUGUUUACUCGGAAUGGCCAAAGACUGAUGUAGACCAGGCGCAAAUUUCAUCUAUGCGCAGAACAAGAAGCAGUAG